AUGGAGCCUCGAAUUGAAUAUGCCGCCGAGGCCGACGGGCCUGGUCUAGCCAAUGUGAACAUCAUCAGCUUCCGGCACCAGGGGUUUCUCCAGAAUGUCUUUCCAGAAGCCAGCCCGGAGGCCUUGGCCGCGUACAAGGCAAUCUAUUCAAUGAAACAUCUGGCGAACCCGGAGAUGCAUGUCCUGAAGCUGGUGGACCCGGCGAGUGGAGAGAUUAUCGGUUACAAUCGAUGGCAAAUCCCCAAGGCCCUCGUUGGGGAGACACUUCCUAUUCUCAGUGAGAAAGCACAAGAAGCUGCGCGUAAUUUCGCAGCCCUGGCCCCUCGGCCGAUGAAUGAGGCGAUGUAUGGGGCCUUUCGACAGCUACUGGAAACUUCGCGCAAGCGAUUCACCACCGAGCAAGAUAUGGUUCUGGAUCUGCUUGCUAUUCUCCCUGAAUACCAAGGACGAGGCCUAUCAUCGAAGCUGCUGCGCUGGGGCUGUGACCAGGCAGACCAAUUCGGGGUGAGAGUAUAUCUGGAGGCCACUGGUGAUGGAUAUCCAGUAUACAUCAAGUAUGGUUGGAAGCCCUUGGAGGAGGUGUCUCUUGAUUGGUCGUUGUAUGGAGGACAAGGCGUGGAUCGGUUCACACUGAUGAUGCGAGAUCCACAGCCAGUGAAGAAUUAA